UGGUAGCUAAUCAUAUGUCACGUUACUUGAACCGCAGUUGCUAUCAUCAUAGGAGGAACUAGUUAGCUUUACAUGCCACACUGAAUAAUCGGUAAACACUGGUGAAAUCGGAAAAUUUAACUUCACAGAUAGGAGCGUUAAAGUAAUUCAUUAAGGUAAACGUAACCAUGGAGGAACCAGGUGCUGAUAUAGAGGUGACUGUCAAAACUUUGGGCUCCCAGAGUCGAAGUUACACUGUAGGCGGACAGUUGACAGUGAAAGAGUUCAAGGAGCACAUUGCCACUUCAGUGGACAAACAGGCUGAUCUACCAGGGCCGAGUUCUGCAGGAUGAGAGGACCCUGACAGAGUACAGUGAGUAAUGCUGUGUGUCUGGAGUUUCCUGGAAUCAGUACAAAACGGCCACAUGCUAAUAAACAUGAAAUUAGUCCAGACAGUUAUAUCUGGAGCAGCACACAGCUGCAGCGAAGCAUCUGUCAACACAGAAGAGAAACGCAGCAAACAGUCAUAUCUUUGUCUAUAUGUGAUAUAUAGAAUAACUCUCCUAUUCCCUUAUUCCAUGACUUUCAAGGCCAGUAAUGCACAGAUGUAAGCCUAUUAUACAACUGCACACCAUCAGAACUUGAGUAUCCAUCAUGUAAUUGCUGUAAGCCGUUUGGCUGCUUUGCACAUCACCUGAUAGAUUGAUGAAGCACCAGUGUCCUCCAAAUACACCGUAAUCAAUGAGCAACAGAAUAUAAUAUAUGGUUCACCGGCGGCCCUUGUCACCUUAAUUGGGGUGGACGUGCUCAUAGUAAUGGUUGGAAUGGAAUCAAUGGAAUGGUAUCAACACAUCAAACACAUGUUUUCCAUGUGUUUGAUGCCAUUCCAUUCACUACAUUCCAGCCAUUAUUAUGAGCAUUCCUCCCAUCAGCAGCCUCCAGUGAUAUUGUUGUAUAAUUUUACAAGAUGUCAUUUCCCUCUUCUAACAUGGAAAAAGAUGACCUCACUGCUUUCAGUGAAUACUUUUGUAUGAUUUUGUCAUUGUAUGAUGGUAUGGACAUCAUUAUUUAAGCAUUUAGCCUACCCACUGGGCACACCACGUGGUAUAGCCAGCAGCAUACCACCCUGCAUACCACUGCUGGCUUGCUUCUGAAGCUAAGCAGGGUUGGUCCUAGUCAGUCCCUGGAUGGGAGACCACAUGCUGCUGGUGUUGGGAGGCCAGUAGGAGGCACUCUCUAAAACAUAUCCCAACCCUGUGUUGGAUGCUGUCUUUUGGAUGGGAUGUUAAAUGGGUGUCCUGGCUCUCUGAGGUCAUUAAAGAUCCCAUGGCACUUAUCGUAAGAUUAGGGAUGUUAACCCCGGUGUCCUGGCUAAAUUCCCAAUCUGACCCUCAAACCAUCACGGGCACCUAAUAAUCCCCAGUUUACAAUUGGCUCAUUCAUCCCCCUCCUCUCCCCUGUAACUAUUCCCCAGGUCAUUGAUGUAAAUGAGAACGUGUUCUCAGUCAAUUUACCUAGUAAAAUAACGGAAAAAUAAAAUAAAAUUCAACUUGGGUAAUAUUUGGUUGAGAUGUUGAUCAAUGAGAUUAUGACCUAUAUUCACUCACUCGAAAAGACAGCCAAAAGUUAGUUGAAUUUCCAGUAUGUUAACACUAUGCUUUCAACCAUUUGAAGAGCACAGCCUAAUUCCAUUUUGAAAACAAUGUCAUAUUAUUGGUUUAGUUGUCACCCAUGACUUAAUCCCCAAAAGUAAUUAUUCAUCAUGACUGGGCCAUAAACAAUAACUAGUAAUACUGUAUAAUCCAAAAAAGGUUCAAAUUCCACCUUUCUGGUAAAAAAAAAUAUUAUAAGUUGUUGAGGUGUCGUCACUUUUGAGAGCACAAGCUCAAGUACACAGUACAAAUAUGAUAAAAAAUAAAAUAUUUUUUGAUGUAAUUUCUUACUCAGCAAAACUGCAUGAAUAUAGCUUGAAAUGACUUAUAUGCUUUAUAAAUAUAGCAUAAUCAAAUUAUAAUAUGACUAAGAUUUCACCUUCCUUUUAACUGUGAAAUGCAUAUUUGUAUGUUUAGUGUUAGAGAAAAUGGGCAUGUUUUCUGAAGGUCUCUCUUAAUCAAAACUGUGAACGUCUCACAGAGCUUUAGCUUGGCUUCCUGAACUCGUUAGGAACUUACCUUUCAUAACAUAUUAAUAUUCUCCAUCUAUGACAGAAAAUUGUUUUUUUUGUUUAAAGCCUUUGAAUUAUUUUACAUCAAUGGCUAUAAAUCGAUCUCUGAAUGCGUUACUGUGAUGAAAUAAUUUUCUCCUGCUGCGCUAGGAUGUUGGUUGCAUGUAAUGAUUGCAGGCAUGUGCUUUGUCAGUGGCUCAUUUGCUGUGAUGUGGUGUUCAGCCAGGAGUUGAUGAACAGUCCGAAAAGCGAUGUCACACAGGCUCAGUAAUACUAAUGUGUUGGUGUGAACCAGGGCUGUCGCUCAGUGGAAGCCAUUUUCGAUCUACGGUAUCCACAGAUCAAUUUAUAAGCUAAAAUGUCAGUCGGUACCAGAACCAUGCAGGACCCCUAACCAUCUUGCAGCAGCACAGCAAAGUUCAAAUGGGAAUACAAUGUCAGAAAUGUUGUUUAUUUAUACAACAGAUUGUGUUAUCACUGUGCUUCAUCUAAUAGCAGAACCAAAUGACCUGGGAUUGCAGUUUAGAUUACAUUAAAAAAGACAUGGGGCAAGUGAUCAAUUCCGUUUGAGAUGUUACGCUGAUUAUUACUGCAAUUGUGAAUGCUAUUUUAUGCAUGCUAUUGUGAACAUAAACACCUAUUAUGAUUAACCUACAUAAGAUAUUUAAAGUUACAGUAACCUCAAUGUGGACAGGAAUGUUACUAAUUUUAAGGUUGAAUGUUAAGUUAGUUUGUAAGCGCCUUAACUUUAGGCUAUUUACUGUUACAAAAGCAGUAUUGAAUUGUUUUUGGUUGACAAUACAACCAAAUAUCAACAUCCUAAAGAAUAUUUAUCUACAGCUUGGAUUGUUCCAUUUGAGCCACUGGCUGAAUCCUGUUCUUUAACUUUUAUUUGGAGAUGUGAAUCUAACAUACAGUGCAUUCAGAAAGUAUUCAGAACCCUUGACCUUUCCACAUUUUGUUAUGUUACAGCCUUAUUCUUAAAUUGAUGAAAAAGCCAGAAAGCCAAUCUACACACAAUACCCCAUAAUGACAAAGCAAAAACAGAUUUUUAGACGUGUUAGCAAAUGUAUUAAAAUAAAACUGAAAUAUCACAUUUACAUAAGUAUUCAGACCCUUUGUUGAAGCACUUUGGUAGCGAUUACAGCUUUGACUCUUCUUGGGUCUGACGCUACAAGCUUGGCACACCUGUAUUUGGGGAGUUUCUCCCAUUUUUCUCUGCAGAUCCUCUCAAGCUCUGUCAGGUUGGAUGUGGACCGUUGCUGCACAGCUAUUUUCAGGUCUCUCCAGAGAUGUUCGAUCGGGUUCAAGUCGGGCUCUGGCUGGGCCACUCAAGGACAUUCAGAGACUUAUCCCGAAACCACUCAUGCGUUGUCUUGGCUGUGUUGUCCCUGUUAGACUGGGGCGAAUGUUCACCUUCGAAGGUCCUGAGGACUCUAGAGAAGGUUUUCAUUAAGGAUCUCUCUGUACUUUGCUUGGUUCAUCUUUCCCUCGAUCCUGACUAUAUGACAAAGCCUACCAUAGUCAAUGCAGACGCCAGUAGUUAUGGGUUAGGAUGGUCCUACUACAGAAACACAGUGGACAGUUAAAGCCAGUAGCUUAUUGCUCCAGGACUCUCACAGAUGCAAAUAAGCGCCAUGCACAGAUCAAACUUCUUAUUCCACUAAUAAACUGUGAAAACCUUGACUUAGUGCCUGUCAGAGACGGUUCAUGAGCAUGAUGUGUUAUAACCCUACAGCCAAGUAUGUGCCAGGGAAACGGCUUGUUAUAGCAUACACCCUUUCCAGACAUCCCCAGUCAGCCGUUACACAAGAUAUCGCAGGGCUGACCAGUGAAAUCGAGGCCUAUAAGGAUGCAGUUCAUACAGUAAUGGCCUAUCUCAACCAACAAGCUGUACGUCGUCAAGAAGCAGACACAACAAGAUGCAGAGCUGCAGAUGGUGAAACACUAUGUGACAACAGGAUGGCCUAAGUAUGCAGCCAAAGUGCCAGACAAGGUGCAAGCCUAUUACACCCCCCGACAGAACCUCUCAAUGACACAAGGACUAAUGUUGUAUGGAGAUAGAAUAGUAAUACCACAAAAUAUGAGAACUGAAAUGUUAAAGCGCAUACUCAACAGCCAUCAGGGCGUUGUGAAGGGCCGGGAGCGAGCCAGAGGUAGUGUGUGGUGGCCUUGAAUAAGUAAAAACAGGAAAUGGUCAGGAAGUAGUCAGUACAUGCAAAGACUGCCACGAGUCCGAACCUACUCAGAGGAGGGAGCGUCUGAUCACCACUCCACUCCCCAGUCGCCCAUGGGAAAGAGUAGCAGCUGACAUAUGUGAGCUCAACAAGCAAAACUACUUGGUAGUUGUGGAGUAUUUUUCUAGACGUAUAUAGAAAUAUCUUACCUCAAAGACGUGUCAGGAGAAACUACAAGAGCUAAACUGAAGAACAUCUUCGCCUGUGUAGGAUGCCAAAAUAUUCUAAUUACAGACAAUGCUCCACAGUUCUCAGCUAAAGCUUUCACGCAAUUCUCUAAGGACUAUGAUUUCAGACACAUUACCACCAACCCUCCCUACGCCCAAGCAAAUGGUGAAGCAGAGAGAGCAGUGCAGACAGCCAAAGGGAUCCUGAAACAGGCUGACACAUUCCUAGCGCUCAUGACCUACAGAGCAACACCACAGCCCAGCACAGCUCCGCACCACAGUCCCCACCCUGGAGGUUAACCUACAACCAGCGUGGCCAGACCUCCAGCAGGUGAGACGUGUCGACCUAUAGAGCAAAGCAGAGCUUCAUGCGUGUCUACAACAACAGGUAUAAAGUCAGAACUCCUUCCAGAACUCCAGCACUGUCACACCCUGAUCUGUUUCACCUGUCUUUGUGCUUGUCUCCACUCCCCCUCCAGGUGUCGCCCAUCUUCCCCAUUAUCCCCUGUAUAUUUAUACCUGUGUUCUCUGUUUGUCUUGUUUGUCAAGUCAAUCAGUGUGUUUGUUGUCAGCUCCUGCUUUUCCCAGUCUCUUUUUCUCGCCAUCCUGUUUUUGACCCUUGCCUGUCUUGACUCUGAGCCCACCUGUCUGACCACUCUGCCUGUCCCUGAGCCUGCCUGCCAACCUGUACCUUUGUUACACCUCUGCAUUGUUGACCUCUGCCUACCCUGUGCCUGCCUGCUGUCCGGUACCAUUGCCCCACCUCUGGUUUACUGGCCCCUGCCUACCUUGACCUGUCUUUUGCCUGCCCCUGUUGGAAUAUUAAACCAUUGUCAAUUCGACUGCUUCAGUGCUUCCAACAGUGUGACACACCCAGGUCAUGCAUGGUUCCAACAGAUACGGGAGUGCUGUGCAGGAAUCCACGCCACCUGAAACUACUCCGCAUUGCUUCAGAGACUUGUCAAAAGGGUGGAGAGGAACACCCAGAGUGUGACACGGAGUUGCACUUACCUAUUCCAGAUGCCCACCUGUCACAGAACCAAAGACUCCAGUACACAGGACUUCUUGUGGUACAGUUGUCAAACCACCAGACAGAUACGGAGAGCAUAACGCACAGCCUGCAUAAUGUGACAGUAGAACCUCACUGCAGCUAUGAAUGUGACUGGCAGUCCACCCAGCUCACCUUAGGGUAAUAUAUAGUUAGUGUUGAAGAAACAACAACUGUUUUUAUGGAAUGUUAAAGACAGAAAAUUAGUUGAUGUUUCAUGAGUUGUUGAACGUUAAAGACAGCAAAGUUUGUUUAUGAAUUCAUAUGUUGAGGCAAGUUAAUUACAGAGUGAUGAACUAUAAACAUUGUGUUGUGUUGACAUUUUGGAAACAUAUGUCUUGAAAGGGUGAUGUGUUGUAUUGGAACUAUUUUAUUAUAGGGCAUGGCACAGGUAUGUUCAUGACGUCAUAUUAAAGGUGAUUGGGCAAGUCGGUCCGCGUGCAUCCGUCGUAACAUUGAAGACAGUCUCCUGUGUUACGUUACUUAUUAUUUUGUUAAAGUCAACCAAAGUGAUAUUCACCUCAAGAUUCUUCUCAUAAAGCAUAACACUACAGUGACCAUGAUGACAUCAUCCGGUGGUUGAAAUUUCACCCUCAAAACAACCGUUUAAGGUUGAAUACUUUUUUCAUAUCUAAUGUAUUUUCCACAUAGGUUCCACGUCACGAUUACAUUGACAAGUUAUGUUGAAACAAUGUUGAUUCAAUCAGUUUGUGCCUAAUGAUCAGAUAUGCUUUUCAGCAUUACAUUUGGAACUUUAUCGGUGUGAUGUUGCUGGUAUGUAUAGAGAGAGAGAAUUAAAUAAUGUCAGGCAUAUUCCAUUAAGAGACAAAGAACCCCUGAAAAGUUGAUCCGACUACACCAAUUGGAAGCAGUGUUCUCUUUGUUCUCCUCAAAACGUUAACACGAGUCAAAUGAAUAUGCACAAUAUUGUUAUUCACAAAUCAGAAAACAAGAACAUCCUAUGAAGGUCUACCUAUGAAACACUCAAAAAGUUGAGUUUGCGUGUGGUAUUGUGCCAGGGGUUUUUCCUGUUCAGGCUCACAUAUUCAGGAAAACUCUUAGCCCUAAUGAUUACAACAAGGAUAAUUCAUUACAUUGACACUGCUUGGUAGUUACUCUAGCGCUGUGAUACUGUCUUACAAAACAAGAACCUGUGGGAUGUGCAUAACCAGUGUAGACUGCAGAAAUGACAGUCAUAUUGAAACCCAUCCACCAACAUGGGGGCUGAUGGAGGGUGAGGAGAAUAGGUGUAGAAGCAGGCCUAUUUCCUAAAAUUGGGUAAAAGCUUAAACACUUCUUACUUUAAAGGCCACCCACCCAAAAAGACUUAUAGGUAAUAAUAUUGACAUUUUUUUGGUCCCGCUUCAUAAACCAUGGUACAAAACUGUUUUGGUAUGUGGGCCUUUGGACUAUGUGGGAUGGUGGAAAGUUGUGCUAACAAAAAAGUGGUUAAUGAUUACCACAAUCCUAAAAUGUUUAAAACACAGAAAGAUCAAGCCUAGAAAAAUCACUCAAUUACCAGGUUUCUUUUAGGCCACAAGUUGAUUUGAAGUAGUUCAGGUAUGUUAGAGGCCAAGGAAGUGUAUUCAUUCUUGCUCUUUGUGAAUGGGUGGUUGGGUCAGCUCUUCACUCCCUGCUCCCAACCAGUCUUCCUAUCUACAAGCAGUCUCAAUACCCGACAGUAUCUUGGCAAAUGGUACUUCAUUGCAGCGGCUAGUGUGAAGGAGUCGGAUGUGCAGAUGUUCAGACAGAUGGACAGCACUGUGUUUCACCUGAACGAGACCUCUGAAAAGGCACUACUGUUGACCGGAGCCAUGCGCAUGGGUGGUCAUUGCGUUAUGAAAAACUGGACCUAUACUAUUCAGUCUGUAAAAGAUUAUUUUACAUCACAAGGCAGGCCUGAGCUGCAAACUAGUGUGGAGUGGAGAGUGGCUGAACUGCAACCAGUGUAUCCUGCUGCAGGAGAUGGAGCGUCACUUGGAUCCACUAGAGACACACGACACCCUCAACAGAUACAUGCUUUACGCUCGUGACAGUGCCUUAUUGGAUAAAAAAGUGGGGAAGGCGUUUCAGACCCAAACAGCUUGUAAAAAUAUGGAUAGAUUUGUCCAUCUCCCUCAAGAGAAAGGUUUGUGGUUUUGGUACAUAAUCUAGCCUCACUACAGAACAAAUGGACUUGGACCACCAGAGAAAAUAUAUAUUUUCUAAUAUCUAAAAUAGCAUAUGUCUCAUUGAACUGUUUUAUUUAUGUAUAUAUAUAUAUAUAUUAUAUAUGUGUAUGUUUCUUUCAGAGCUUUGUAAUUUAAACAAGGCGUAGCACUGAGGUAAGAAUCUAAAUUAUUCAUUAACUUUUAUGUUAAUGCACUUAUCACUACUGCUCUUCCAUUUUGUGGUUAUUAGAUUACAUUUGCUCAUCCAUCGCCACAAUCUAUUACAGGCUGCCUGCUAUGUGUUGGAGUCUUCCAUCAAGGUCAUGCUAUGCAUCGAAAUAGGUUUCCUUUUGAGAGUUUAUUAUUAGCUUAUUGCCCACUCUAACUCAGAAACGUGGAACUAGUUCAAAUGAAGAUCUCUCCUCUCAUUUCCCAUGUGUAAUAGUAAAACAAAUGAACAGAAAAAAGAACAGCUACUCCAAGUCUAUUCCAAAGUCUCAGAAUGUUUAGAAUAGCACUAAUGACCCAGGUGUAGACUUCUCAGCAUUUUCCAUCGCUCAUUUAAACUUGCAGUGACAUGGCACACAGUUAUCAAGUUUUCGAAGAAGGGCCUAUCUCCAGGCAAAUAUUUCACUUUCACGCAUUUCUCUUUUUGUGAGAGAUGACUUAACUGUCAUGGUUCACUGAACUGCAUUGUUCCACUCUUUUGGCCUACCUCCAUCAAUGGAGGCUACUGAGUGGAGGACUGCUCAUAAUAAUGUCUGGAAUGGAGUCAAUGGAAUGGUAUCAAACACCAUCGACUCCAUUCCAGCCAUUAUUAUGAGCAGUCCUCCCCUCAGCAGCCUCCGCUGACCUCUAUCUAAAUACCAUUCAUCAAUUUAGAAAAGAAUCCAGGGCUAGUUUACCGGGGGAGUAGCCUCCCACGCAGUUACACUUAUAGUGCAGGGGAAAUUCCCAUGAUGCUGCAGACAGAGCAGAGGCUCAGAGCACACUGUCGUUCACAACUAGAGUGGUCAUCCACAGUUCUCUUCUUCAUUUGCUGUAAUGUAAUAAUACACAGGGUGACUGAAAGCAGAAACGGUGAAAUUUGCUUUCACCUGUCCUUUUAUUUCUUGUAAGGUUAUUUCUUUGACCUGCAGUUCGAAAUCAAGAAAAUAUGGAUAUAUGAAGGGGUAGACUAGGGAUUUGGGGUGCAUUGGAUACAUUGUACAUGUCAUUUCUAUGGCUUAAAUACUAUAACAUUUGAGACCAGACUCCCAUGUCUGGUCCUAUAAAAACACUACAUUGGCAAUAAACCUUUUCCUAUACAAAAGGGCAUUGAAAUAGAGAAUUCUUUGAGUUAAUAGUUUCUCAAAAUUUGUCAAAGCCAUUGAUUGAUGUAAAAUAGCGAGACUUUCAUCUGCACUGUCAUCAGUAACAAAGCACAAUGUCCAGUCAAUAUAUUUGACAUCAGGUGAUGUGAGUUUUUACUUGUAGCCUCAAGGAAAGGUCAAACAACAGUGGUGUCCUUUUGCUUAUGUAACCAUUUGACUCCUAUGCUGUAGCUCUGGACUCGUAUUCAUAAAGCAGAGCAGGAGUGCUGAUCUAGGAUCAGUUUUGCCUUUCAGAUAAUGAAUAAGAUUACAUAGAGAAGGAACCUGAUCCUAUCAGCACUUCUACUCUGAGAAGCUUUAUGAAUAAGGGCCCUGGUUAGAAAUGAUUGACAUACCAGGGGUUGCUACCAGUGACGGGAGACAAUCGAUGGCUGAGUUAGACAAAGUCAACAUGUAGCUAACAAUGUCACCAUUCAAGUACCUCUGUGUUUCCACUAUGCCCGGGGCUAAUAUGAAUGUCAGAAAAUAUCCUGAAAUCAUGAUGAAAUCCUUGUCUCUCUCCCUCCCCCUCUCCACUUAUCUCUCUGAAUUACGCACUUUCAAAGACUUGUGACGCACCAACAUGAAGACACUUGACUUCCCAGAUGCACUUUGGCAUGAAACAACUUGUUGACCGACAGAAAGUACAGAGUACAGUAUAAGAAUUUACUUCCUGUCUCUGUCAGAAUGACUUUAGAUUCUUACCUUUCUCUCACCUGUACGAUGUCCAUAAUAGGACAGCCUCAAUCUCAGCAGGACAUCAUUCAGUCUCAGUAGGACUUGUUUCAAUAAGUUAAUAUAGUUACAGUACGGCUGAGAUUCUAUUCCCAGUGUGUUCCUCUUCAUUUCAGUAUAGUUUCUCAAAUAUCAAUGCCAUUUACAGUAUAUGAAAACAUAUCUUGUUAAGCCCAAGAAUAGGCUGUCAAACUCCCCCGCAUAAUAUUUCAUUACUGUCAAACAAUGGUUCUUCCAGCCCACCUCUAACACAGCUGAUUGUUGUUGAGCAGUUCGCUAGUUAUAUUGAUGAGCAGUUCACUAGUGAAACACUAAUCAGAUGGUAGUGCUGGGCAGAAACACCCUUUAGUUCUCCCUGACCAGGAAUGGUGACCGCUGGUGUAUAUACAAUAUUGAGCCGAACACAUUCUACGAUGCUGUACAGAUUGAAAUCAAUGAUCCAAAACUGGACAGAAACUGAUCAAUGAUCUAAAACAGAACAGAAACAGAAUAGAAACUGAACAGAACAUGAUUAGAUUGAUACCAGAAGGUUUCUGGUUUCAACAACAACAGUGCCUGAACUUCUGCAUUUCAGGAAGAUGGGGAAAAGACUUAAAUGCUAACAUGAUUGAAGGCCUUGUCUGAGAACUUUGCCUGCAUUGGGUAAGCACCUAAACCGUCUGUGGCAUGUCAAGAAAAGCACAGGUUGAUUGGGGAUGCCCCAUGGAACAAGAAACCUAGAAUAGGAAAGUUACAUAGAAAUCUACCAACAAACGCUCUCUCCUUCUCUUGCUCUCACUUUCGCUCUCUCCACUUUCUAAAAGUUACUUUCAGUCCUGUUUAUGAAAUCAAAAGUGUUCAGCUUCACACAUCUGCAUUUCCAUACCCUAUGUCUAUUUCCAUACCCUAUGUAUCAGGAAUCAAGGUAAGGCCCAAGUGCAGACUCUGUGAAGUAACCAUGUUUAAUGACAGGUCAAGGCAGGCACGGGUCGAUAAUCCAGAGUGGGGGCCAAGGUACAGGAGGGCAGGCAGGCUCAGGGUAAGGGGCAGGGCAGACAGGCUCAGAGUCAGGACAAGCAAUGGUCAAAAUCAGGAGGGUGAGAAAGAGACUGGGGAAAAGCAGGAGCUGAGAAACUAAACGCUGGUUGACUUGACAAACAAGACGACCUGGCAACAGACAAACAGAGAACACAGGUAUAAGUACCCAGGGGAUAAUGGGGAAGAUGGGUGACACCUGGAAGGGGUGGAGACCAGCACAAGGACCGGUGAAACAGAUCAGGGUAUGACACUGGCUAUUUCCAUGCCCUAUGUAUGUAAAGUCAGAUUGAGUCACUGUGGCUGCCAGCUGGUUUAUGAAACCAUGAAGAAAACUCCCUGUCAUGGUUUUUGUACCUGUGGAACCCACUGACACUGACCUAUAAAUAUGUGUGGGAAAUCACAUGCCGCCCACAUCUGUCAAUGUUGUGCCUGACUCAUCUGUAGCCUUACUAGCCUAUUGUUCCUCGCCACAGGGAUGAUAGUGGUUCUGUCACCUUCUCUUUACCUGUACUGUCAUACUUGAGUAAAAUAAAAAAUACCUUAAUAGAAAAUGACUCAAGUAAAUGUGAAAGAGAAAUGCAUUUAGAAUCAGUUUUCAAAUUCAGUUAACACGUUGAAUAUGUGAAGCUAUGGUAAAUUUGAUAGUUUGCAAACUUGAUACGCAGACAAUGAAUGCAAUAUCCACCACAUUGAAACAGAAUAUAUAAAUAUUGAAUUUGAAUAUUCAAUUAAGUUUUAAUAUAAUUUUACAUCUGAAUGCAAUAUUCAUUCAAUUAAUUUUUCAAAUCAUGAAAAUACAAGUUAAAUGGAUUAAUUCUAUGAUUCAAUUUGUGCAUUACAAAUGUAAAAAUAUUGCAUUUGAAUUCAGUAUCUUAAUGCAAAUAAAAAAAAUGUUGAAUUCAAAUAUAGUUUCUGUUGUCAUUGAAAUUGCUCUGUAAUUGCUCCAAUCGUUCCUUUCCUGUUCCGCAUCCAAAAUGUACUUUUGGGUGUCAGGGAAAAUGUAUGGGAGUAAAAAGUACAUCUUUUCUUUAGGACUGUAGUGGAGUAAAAGUGUUAAAAACAUUUUGAAAUGGUAAAGUGAUCAACAUUAUAAAAAUAAAAAAAACAGCUGAAAACCUGAUGUUUCC